GUCAUUACGCCUGCGAGAGAAUAGCGAUUUAGAACAAAAGCGAUAACAUGACGGCGUUAUGAUAUGAAGUAGGCAAUCGUGAAUGUUUUCAUGUGCGUGCUGUAGACGUGAGAAAUGAACUGUGGGCAAUUAUUCACUUUUGGUGUUUUCAAAUGAAGCUUGAUAUUAAUUCAUUCUUUUUUAUGUGUGCAAUAUAUUGCCGCUUAUAAUGUUUAUAAACGCUACAAUUUAAAUGUAACUGUUGAUUUAUAAGUCGCUAAUAAUGGCAUCCAAUUCAAACAGUGAGCAUUUCUCUACAGGAAAUGAUGAAAUGGAUUCAAGCUUUCGGACGUCUCGUAGUGGUAAAACUAGCCCUACUCCCAGUGCUCAAGGUGUUAUGAGAACAAGCUUAAAAAAAUUAAGCCAAGAAAAAAAAGCAAAAAAAGUUAAAUUUUUCCGUAAUGGUGAUCGCUUUUUUAAAGGUUUGUUAUAUGUUCUUUCAGUGGAACGUAUUCGUUCCUUUGAUGCCCUGCUUGAAGAUCUUACAAGAGUUCUUGUUGAUAAAGUUAAUUUGCCAAAAGGUGUUAGAUAUAUAUUUAGUAUUGAUGGAAAAGAGAAAGUUUUAUCCUUGGAGCAGUUAGUUGAAAGGGAAUGUUAUGUCUGUUCUUCAAAUGAUCAUUUUAUUAAGCUAGAUUACUUGAAAAAUGAGAAACCUCAGUGGAGCCUUACGAAAAAAUUAGAUGAAAAUCAGAUGUUAAAGUGGGAAUCUGAUGCUUCUAGCAGAGAAUCUCGAGAUUUUAUUCGACCAAAAUUGGUUACUAUUAUCAGAAAUGGCUUGAAACCUAGAAAAGCUGUUCGAAUCUUAUUGAAUAAAAAAACUGCACAUUCCUUUGAUCAAGUUUUGAAUGAUAUUACUAAUGCUAUAAAGCUGGAUACAGGAGCUGUGCGUAAAAUUUUUACACUUACUGGAAAGCAGGUCAUGAGCUUAAUUGAUUUCUUUUCUGAAGAAGAUAUAUUUAUUGCAUAUGGACCUGAAAAGUAUUCCCAUGAUGAUUUUGAUUUGGAUUCUGAAGAAUACAAGUACCUGAUGCAUGGGGUUAGAAAUGCUGGCAGCUUUCAGAAAUAUGCUCGUAGAUCUGGAAUGUUCAAUAUUCAAUCUCCAGUUUCCAGGAGAAGAGUUUCUUCCCCAUAUUCCUUAAACGAAGUUUCUCCUUCCAACAGUAGUAGAGGAUCGUUUUCUGCAUCACCUCUUCUCCCUUCUCGAUACCUCAGAACUCCGAGCCAUAGCAGACAUGAAAGCCAAAAUGGUCAUGAUCUCACAUUAUCGCAGAUUCCUCCUCCUAUUUCUGAAAAAUAUGAUGUAGGGAAAGUGAUAGGUGAUGGAAAUUUUGCUGUUGUUUACACUUGUAUUGAUAAGAUUAAUAAGACAGAAUAUGCUUUAAAAGUGAUAGAUAAAAAUAAAUGCAAAGGAAAAGAGCAUUUAAUUGAAAGCGAAGUGGCAAUUCUCCGACGAGUAAAGCAUGAGAAUAUUGUACAACUCAUUGAGGAAUUUGACUUUGAAAAUGAUCUUUAUUUAGUAAUGGAAUUAAUAAAGGGUGGCGAUUUGUUUGAUGCUAUUGCUUCUGCUACUAAGUAUACAGAAAAAGAUGCUAGUUUAAUGAUUCAUGAUUUAAGCAGUGCUUUAUAUUAUUUACAUUGCUUAAACAUUGUUCAUCGUGAUAUCAAGCCAGAAAACUUAUUAGUUGUGGAACAUGAGGAUGGAACUCGGUCUCUGAAAUUAGGAGAUUUUGGAUUAGCCGUUGAAGUUAAAGAACCUCUCUAUAUUGUGUGUGGAACACCUACUUAUGUAGCACCUGAAAUUCUAGCUGAAACUGGAUAUGGCUUGAAAGUUGAUAUUUGGGCAGCUGGUGUCAUUACUUACAUUUUGCUUUGUGGAUUUCCUCCCUUUGUUAGUCGAAAUAACGAUCAGGUUGAGUUAUUCGAUCAGAUAUUGGCUGGAAAGUACGAGUUCACUAAACCAUUUUGGGAUGACAUAUCUGAUUCAGCUAAAGAACUGAUUACAAUGAUGCUACAAGUUAAUCCUGAUGAACGUUAUUCUGCUGCUGAAGUUUUAGAUCAUCCCUGGGUUCAUGCGGACCUCGCUCACAACACUGACAUGCAGAAUUCAGUGUCUAGAGAAAUCACCAUGCAUUUUGAUCACAAACCGAAAUUGAAAUCUGCUGGUAUUGCACUAAUUGCUGUAAGUAGCUGAUUCUAAGAGCUUGUGUAGCAUUUAAAGGAAAUAAUUUUGGGUCUAGUCUUCCAUCCAUCCAUGUUAUCCAGAAAGAAAAAAAUUAUUGUCAAAAUGAGGAUUUUUUUUCUGUCUUUUCCCUAUGAAAUACUAUGACAUAUUUAUUCUAAGUAAUAUAUUUUAAUUUUUCUUAUGUUUUUGAUGAAACACCCACCUUGUUAUGUUAAUCACAUUCCUGUGAAAAAUUAUUUGUUUGGAAUGGAAUGCUUCCAAUAUUUGUUUCCUUGACUUGAUUCCAUUUAUGGAAGUAAAUAAUUGCAAUCUUAAAGAGUAGCUUUUAUUAUUAUUUUUUUCUAAUACACUAAUCAGAAUAUUUAUUGAAAUUAACAAUGAAUGAUUACAAAAUAAAUAUUUUGUUUUCAUGUGAUAUGGCUUUCUUGUUUUUCAAAGUUAUUGUAAUGAAUAGUCUUGUUUAGUGUAUAAAGUGUUACACUUAAACUCAUCAUAUUAUUGUAUACAGUUUUAUUUUUCUAGUCCUGUGAUUGUUAAAUAUUGUAGUCUUUGGACGAUAAAACGUGAACUACUUAUCUAAAAUUUUGUAUGCCAGCACUUUGUGCUAAAUGAAUUUUUCUUAGCUACAUUUCUCUUCUAGUCAUUUAUAAUAAACAAGGAGUUUUUAACAUCUAAUUAUUUAAUCAAAUAUAUGUAAGAGUUAUCUAUGUAAUCAGUCUUGUAUGUAUCUUCAAAAUUUUGAUAUUGUAUAAUUCUCUUUCCAAACUUCUAUUUUGUUUCAAUUUCAAUUACAUAUAAAUACUGGCAUUACUUAUAGAUGUAAUAAAUUGUCAGUCACAAGAACUAACAUUUUCUGUUACCAUAUAUUAAUCCUCUUUGAAAAUGUUUUCUGUUAAUAAUAUUCUUCGAGACUGGCACAGCAGUUUCUUCUCCCAGAUGUAACAUCAGCUACCUGCCUUUUUACUGAUACUGCUCAACAUGUAACCAUACAUAGAUGAUUAGAUGGUUACCAGGUUGGAUAAAGUUAGAGAUAACUCGAAGUUAUCAGCUGAUUUUGGAUUUUAAUGUGAACAAGAAAGUUAACAGAAUUUUAAUAAUGAUCAUUUCAGUUUUGGUUUGUCCAUUAGUGUAUUACUUGGUGCUAACUGUAAAAAACGAAAAGAAACCCCUUUCAGCAAUAGUUUGUGAAAAAGUAAUGUGUACAUUUAUGCUAUUUUUUAAAGUUGCUUAUGUCUUAACAGCAUGUUUUAUAAGUAUGUAUAAAGUUCUAAGUAACUAGACAAUGUUUUUGUGUAUUGUAGUUAUUUUUUUAUAAUUGUUUCAGCUUCUUUUGAAACAAUUGAAUUGUCAAGCACAUGUUUGCAAACUUUUACAAGAUACCUAACUGGUACAAAAGAUUUUAAUCUGUCAUAGAUUAGAAGCAAUAAUUGCCUUAAUAAUUAUAUUAUAUCAACUUUCUGCAUGUCAAGUAUUUAUGUAGUCUGUUUUCAAACAUAUUUGAUGUUCUAUUCUUUAAAAUUUCAUUGGAAGACAGCUACCUCAAUACUACAUUGUCAUUCCACUGUUGCUGUCUUUUUUUUUAUUAUUAUUUUGUAAUAUAAGUAUAUUGAUUUAAAUUAUACCAUAUAUUUGUUUGAAUAUGUCCAUUAAUGAAAGAGAGGGUGUUCGCUAUGUAUCAAAUAGAUGAACAAUAUCAAUUUCAAAUGUACGAAUUCAUUGUAAUUAAUGAUCGACAGAAUUCAGAUAAAUAAAUAAUCAUCUUGUAUUUAAUUCCUCCCUCUGACUUAAUAUUUAAAUUUUGCUAUUUUUGAAAGUAAUAGAGUUCAGACAAGAAAUUUAUAAUUUCCUUUUUUAAAAAACAGUGAAAAUUAUCAACAGAAUGACUUAAAUUUGACAAAUAGUAUAACACCCUCUUUUAAUAUUAAUAUUAGUUAUUUUUAUAAAUAUUAUGAAAUUUUUAAGCCCAAUGUAAAAAAAAAGUUAUAUGAAAAUUGCCAAUUUAUGAUUUUAUAGUGCAGCAUAAGAAUUGGUUUGCUGCAGUAAAUUGAGUUUUAAUUCCUCUCUGUGAAUAAUGUAGUACUGUUGUCACAAAUUAUAUUUUAUUCAUUCGUUCUAUAUUUGUUAUAAAAUGCAUUUUUUUUUAUCUUUAUAAUUCUUAGCUCAAAGCAUGUGACUUUUUCUUUUAGAUUUAUAUUUAAUGUGUCCAUUUUUUUCGUCUUCAAUCAUAGCAAUUAAAGAUAUGUUUGAAAAUUGUAUAAAAAAUGACAUGGUUUAGUUAGAAAAUCAUUUUUUUUCAUAUGUUAAGAAUCAUUUAAUGAAAUUUAAAUCUAUUUAGUUAAUAUAAAGAUUGUCAUUAUUUAGUUUAUAUAGUCAAUAACAGUCUGUUAAAUACUAUGCAUUUGGUAUCAUACCGACAUGGCUGUAAUUAUAGUAUAAACUUUUUAAAACAUUCCUCGUGUCACAGAUUUUUAGGUUUGCUCAAAUUUGCGAGUUGAUUUUGUAACUGUAGUCACUAUUAUAUUGAAAUGUAUUGCACUUCUGAUAGUUUUGAUACUUUUGACAUGCCACUAAGAAAAUCAUGGAUUUCAGAUCAAAUAUUUAGUUGCCUUAAAGUCAAAGUCAGUGUUACUUAAAUUAUCUGAAGUAUUUUCUAAAAGAAUAUUUAUUCGGACCAUUUUCUUUGGUUUAUGAAGAUAUUUUUAAAUAAUGUAUGGUUUAAUUAAUUAUAAAGAGAAAAAUCGUUCUGAUGAUUGAGUGUCAGUAUUGUAAAUGAGUGUAUGUUAGGCUUUACAUUAAAAAAAUAUGUAAAUGUUAUAGCUUUGCCGAUAUUAAUUUGGCAUUAUAUUAAGAACUUCUAAGUUUUUAAAAUAUUCUGAUAGCAAUAAUUGAAUAUAUUGUUGUUAAUUUACUUGUCUUGUAGAUUAGUGAAAACAGAUUAUCCGCCCAGUAUAGUAAGACCCGUCCCAGAUGGGCCGAUUACCGCAGCUGUACCUUUACAGAUAAGUUUUUAUUAAUUAAAAUUUUAGCUCUCAGUUUAUACAACAUAUAUACUUUGAAAGUGUCUGUGAAGGAUUGUUUAGGUUAUUUCAUUGCAUCUGAACUUUUAUAACAGGCAAUGAAAUAAGCGUAAACAGCAUGAAACAAAUUAUUUAUCUUUAUAGUUUUGCAACAAAUGUGCUCAUUGUAACAUUAAGAAUCGAAUGUAUUUUAUUUUUCUUAUAAUCUUAACUUAUCUGAUCAUCAUUAAUUGUACUUACAAAAUGAAUUUGAAUGUAAUAUUACUGCUAAUAUUAAACUGAAUGAAUGGAGGUGUGUUUAAAAUAUUGUGUAAUAAGAACAGUGUACUUUCUAAAAGUAAGCAAUAUAACCGUUGUAUUAAAAUUAAAUGUGUGAAUUUUUUUACUGAAAUCAGAUAGUGAGAAGAAGAAAAUCUGCCUAGAAAGUAUUUUCUAAAUAUUUAGUUUUUAUAAGUUCAUAUUUCAUGUUGUAGUUGAAAUAACAGAAUAAAUCAUUA